CCCGAGCGGCCCGACGGCGGCUCCUCCUCCCGCUUCCUCCCCUCUUCUUCCCCCGGGUUUAUGGUGCUGCGCUGGGGGAGGAUGAACGGAGGAUAAAUGGUGCCUAAAGCGGACAGCGGCACCUUCCUCCUCCUCUUCCUCCUGGUGCUGAGCUUCACCGAGCCGCUGCGGCCAGGUUCACGACUAGCUCUGGCAAGACUUCUUUCAGAGCUCCGCUGUACCCCAGGGCAGUUUGCGUGUCGCAGUGGUACCAUCCAGUGCAUCCCUUUGAACUGGCAGUGUGAUGGAUGGCCCACCUGUGAGGAUGAGAGUGAUGAAGUUGACUGUCCAGGCUUGACAGGGGACCAACGAUCUUAUCAUGGGAAAGAAAACGUGGAUUCCAGGCACAAUCGAGGAAGAGGAGGAGACACAACCCGCUUUCACGCUGUCAAUGUGGCACAGCCUGUCCGGUUUAGCAGAAAGUGCCCAACAGGAUGGCAUCACUAUGAGGGCACAGCCAGUUGUUACAGGGUGUAUUUAAAUGGGGAAAACUACUGGGAUGCUGUGCAGACAUGUCAGAGGGUGAAUGGAUCGCUGGCCACUUUUACCACAGAUCAGGAGCUCAGGUUCAUCCUGGCACAGGAGUGGGACCUCGAAGAGAGAGCCUUUGGAAGGAAGGACCAACGUAGGUUCUGGGUUGGAUAUCAGUAUGUCAUAACCAACCGAAAUCGUUCUCUAGGAGGUCACUGGGAGGUGGCUUACAAAGGUUCCUCAGAAGUAUUCUUGCCCCCGGAUCCUAUCUUUGGUACGGCUAUGUCUGAAAAUGAAAACGUUCUUUGUGCCCAGCUUCAGUGUUUCCAUUUACCCACUCUUCGGCACCAUGGUUUACACAGCUGGUACGCUGAAAACUGCUAUGAGAAAUCUUCGUUCCUCUGCAAAAGGAGCCAGACCUGUGUUGAUAUCAAAGACAACAUUGUUGAUGAAGGCUACUAUUUCACCCCAAAAGGGGAUGACCCCUGUUUGAGCUGUACCUGUCACAAUGGGGAACCGGAGAUGUGUGUGGCAGCCCUCUGUGAACGGCCCCAGGGUUGUCAGCAGUAUCGCAAAGACCCAAAGGAGUGUUGCAAAUUUACAUGUUUAGACCCAGAUGGCAACAGUUUAUUUGACUCGAUGGCAAGUGGAAUGCGGCUGAUAGUAAGCUGCAUUUCCUCCUUCCUUAUCUUAUCUCUGCUGCUUUUCAUGGUCCACCGGCUGCGCCAGAGACGCAGAGAGCGCAUUGAGUCUUUGAUUGGAGUAAAUUUGCACCAUUUUAACUUGGGCCGCAGGAUGCCUGGUUUUGAUUAUGGUCCAGAUGGUUUCGGAACUGGCCUUACUCCGCUGCAUCUUUCAGAUGACGGGGAAGGCGGGGCAUUUCAUUUCCAUGACCCCCCACCACCAUAUACAGCUUACAAAUAUCCUGAUAUUCAGCAUCCGGAUGACCCGCCGCCUCCUUAUGAGGCUUCCAUCAAUCCAGACAGUAUCCUUUGUUCUACUACAGAUGGCGUUCUCUCCCAGAUAGUGCAGAGCAGUCAACCAUCAGUAGGAAACAGUGAUUUAUCACCACAGCUUGCAGAGGAAUCUCAUCCUCCCUCAGUUGGCCCUUCUUCAGUGGAACUGGAAGACUCUGCGGAUAGUAGCACCUUCCUUGUACCUCCCGACACGCCCCACAGUGAAAACACAUCGACAGAAACUCUUGCAGGAAGCCGCCACAGUCAUUGUUCUCUUAAUACCAUUGUAUAAAGGAAUAAAAUGCUUACUGCUGGCAGAAAUAAUACGAGCGACUGUUUGCACACAGCUGUACUGGCAAACACUAAUCCAUGGGGUGAACUUCAGAAGGAAGCUCCACUUUGAUUUUGAGCACCCUGCUUUUAUGUUCUAGUAUAGCACUGUGCCUCUUGUUUUCGGCUGUCAUUCAUUCACUAAUUAGUUUGUCCUUUAAAUAAGGAUUGUGGAACCUGUACUUUUUUUCCACUGGCUAUGGGAAAGAAGGUGCAGAGAAUUUUCUUUGACUUCUUCUAAAGAGGAAAAAGCAUGGGUAGCUUUUUUGUCUCUUUAAUCACAGAGCAGAAACAAAAAAAAUCAACAUGUUUGAAUUUGAAUACCCUGGGACCCAGGAAGUGGACACUGACAAGAAAAGAGGAGAAGGGGCAGUCGCCAUGUAACCUGUUGUAGUCUCUUGUGCUCCAGUGCUACACAUGAAAAACUGGAGGAUGAAAAGAAUCAGCAUAAUGUUUGAUUUCUUCUGCUUUCUGUGGAAAUGGGUACUGAGCAAAACAAAACUGGGAUUUGCAGUUACAACUUAUUUAUUUAUUUGUAGCUGCAAAUCUUGUACUGAGAGGUUAACUUCUGAUUCAUAAGCAAGGAUGUGUCUAUAAUACUGGCAUCUCUUUAGUAGAGGCACGGCACAUGUUAGGUGGUGCUUUGGGGGAAGAGAUGGGAAGGGAUUAACUCCCUAAUUGAUACUUCAGUCAUUUGAGAUUUGUUCUGUUGUGUUAAACCUUUAAAUCAUCCCUUUCCAUUAAAUCUAGCUUCAUUUAAAUUAACAAAACUAAUUUGUGCACUACAACAUGAGGCUCUUGCCAAUCACUCACUAAACUUAAUUUUCAAAUUAGGCAAAGAUGGAUUCUUUUGGCUUGGAUUUUAUGAAUACUGAAUAUUUUUUUUAGUUAGUGUUCUCAAAAUGAAGUUGGAUUUUAAUGUAUACGGGAUUUCCUUUCUCCUCUGCCCCAUCUUUCUUGCAUCCGAUUCUCCCUGACUUACUGUAGCAGUCCCCACAAUCGGAGCAGAUCAGGUUAGUCAUAUAAGGAAUUUGUACUGAACACUUCUCAUGAGUGUUGUCCUGUUGCCUUAUGAAAGGUAGCAAGCCUAGAGGGACAGGAAGAAAGCACGCCAUGGGAAGGAUAUUGUGGUGUUUUGGUUAAUUUUGCUAGUUACAGAGAAAUGGUACAGGAUUAAUGGGAUCCUAUCCCAGCAAUGUGCUUUCCCAGCGUAGCUGACUUUUCCCCCCCAUUGUAAAUGCUGCUACUUUCUAUUUGGUAUUUUGCUAUCUGCCCUACUGUACUUGGAGUGGCUUGAUAGUUCAACCUGUUUGCAAAAAA